AUGGCCACCGACCUCCCCCCUCUCCCUACCCGCUGGACCGUUCUCGACAACACAGACCCGCGAAUCGAGUACACCGGCCCGUGGUCGGUGGUCGACAGUCGACAAUUCGACAAUGUUGGUUUCGCAGGACCGACUUUCGGCGAUACGGAGCACACUGCAACGGCCAGAGACGCUAGUUUUUCGUUCAAGUUCAACGGCACCAGCGUCUAUCUCCAGGGCACUCGUGCACCACUUCGCGAGCCCGAUUUCCCCAACCGCGUCACCUGGGAGUGUAUCCUCGACGGCAAUUCCAGGGAGCAGCCCCGAGGCACCCACUUACCCACAUCGUUCAACAACUUCGUCUACUGCAAAUUCGACCACCUCUCCCCAGGCGAGCAUACAUUUGGAGCCAAGGUCACCAGCGACGGAGCGAACUUCUACGUUGACCGUAUCGCUUACGGCGCCCUGGACGAGUCCCCGCUCCCGACGACUGAAGUCAUCCAGGUCGACUUUGGCGAUCCGGAGAUUAGGUACAGCCCCGAGGCAUCCUUCAGUACUACGCCCAACUUCGGAAACGUAGACAGAUUUAGCGACCAGCGGGAUGCGACGAUUUCGUUCGCUUUUACAGGCACCUCAGUGGCUUGGUACACCCAUCUCGCGAACAGCACCCUGGCACCCUCCAAAGCGAGCUACCAGGUAGACAACGAGGCGCCCGUCCAAUUUGACAUCUGGGGAUUCGAACGUGGGUCUGGGCCCCAGCUCUACCAGAAGUACUUCGAGACGCCUGCGCGUGCGGUAAGAAAUCAUACGCUGAUUGUUAAAUACCUCGGGAACACGGGAGAGAUGCCGUUGUCCCUCGCGUACACGGAGGUCACGAAUGGCGAUGGCAGCGCGAGUGGUGGAGGGAGCGCACAGGUGGUGGCGCCUAUCGUUGGAGCGCUCGUUGUGGUUUCGGCAUUGCUGUUGGUAAUCGGCUUGACCGAGAUGGAGAGAGCAAUCAAGAUGAUAGACGAGGAUGCGUCGUAUCAGGCGCUGGCCGACAUCGACACGGAAAUCGUCAACGUCGAAGGCUACCUCGAGCGGCUCAAGCGUAGCCGGUAUCCAUUGCAGACCGGAAGAAACCAUAUCCACGACCCGAUGCUCAAAAACCUGCCCCUCGAAAUCGUAUCGCGCAUUUUCGCCUGCUGCGUGGCCGCAGACUACGAAUCUCGCAGUCAACACUACUCUCCAAGACGAUUGCCGCUGCCACUUAUCCUCGGAGCAGUUUGCAAGCCAUGGAGGGAGAUCGCGUGGAGGACACCGCAGCUUUGGACGAGGAUAUCGAUAUCGGUCCCUUCUUCGGACAAGCUGGAAUUGCACCAAGAGAUCAUCGAGCAAUGGCUAUCCCGCUCGGGGCGGCUACCGUUGUCUCUGCAUCUGGAGGCUUCGAAGGUCGCUCAUCUCCUCCAGGCAGAGGAUACAUGGGUGGCCUUCCUCACCCAACUUAUCGGGAAAUACAGCCAGCGAUGUCAAGUCAUUGAAGCACAGAUGGCCACACGACUCUACCGGCAACUCUUCACCAGCGCAGAAGCAUCCCCAGACCUCGACCGCAUCGUCCUCUACCGGGAUUACACACAGCUCAACGAGACCUUCCAGAUAUUCGGUUCGUCCACGCAAAUGACAUCGCCCACCAACGUCGUGCUAUGGUUUGUCCGACCACAGUGGUUGCAGAUUUCAUGGAGCAAAGUAACGUAUCUCGAGCUCAAGCUCUGCCAGGACACCGCAGCCUUCGAAAUCCUCCAGCACACACCCCAACUCCGUUCCUACGUCGUCAACUUCGUCCAGCCGGACCAGCCAAGCCGAGACAACCUUCUACCCUCAUCGUCCACCUACACCACCUGCCCUCACCUGCGGCAUCUCCACGUCAUGCCCUCCUCGAAUAACAUCCCACGAAUAAUCAUGGAAGGCGUCUUCCCUGCGCUUGAAGAGCUCUCCUACUCCGCCGACUCGUCCGACGACCCUAUGGCGAGCAUCCAGACCCUCAUCCUGCGCUCGGGGUGCACGCUGAAGACCUUCGAUAUCCGCGGGCGGCUCGAGCAGGACACCCUCGUCGAGCUGCUGCGCAUGCUCCCGUCGCUCGAGUCGCUGAGCGUCCACCCGAUGAUCUACUUCUACGCCGAGAGCUUCUUCAAGGCGUUUGCGCAGCGUGUCGGGGAAGUGGAUGCUGACAGCCGCCACUCCUCCAUCUUCCUCCCCAACUUACGCAGUGUGAAGUACCGUGGGCCGGUGAUGUUCUCCUGGCGCUCGCUGAUGUCGCUGUUGCCCUCGGACUGCCAGGGGCGUUUCAUCUCGCAGACGAGUGAGCGGCCACUCUCGACGAUAUCGAUCACGGUGCCUGCGUGCGAGCACUCUGAUCAUUAUUUAGAUGUGGGCCAGAUCCAAGGGUAUCUGGAGUAUCGCCAGCGCAAUCCAGGGAUGAACCUUGAGGUGUUGUUCGAGGAGAGGGACUUCGUGGAGAUGUCGGCCAAGUUUCGGGGGAUGGAUUAUGAAGCUAUGAAGGAGUGCACUUGGGACGUGAAUAGACAUAGAGUCGGCAUGCAAUAA